UCAAAUCAUUUUUGUAGUGUUGCUGUUCAGUAUAAUAUACAUUAACACAUACCUUUACAAACUAUUAAAUUAAUUAUUGCAAUUAUCAGAAAUUAUGUUUCUUUUAUUUUCAUUGCAAUUAGGUAUUAGUUUAACAAUUGUGAGUUAUUAAUUAACUCUUCGUUAACAUGAUAGUACACUUUUAAUUAUAUGUAAAUUGAUUUUUGUACCACUAAUGAAUUAAAUGAAUUAAUCAUAUUAUAAAGAUCUAGUGACCAGCUAAGCUCUCAAAAACUAAAACUCUUUGUUGUUAAUGGGAUCAGUUUGUGAUAAUGGAAGCCGUUAAUAAGCUGAUUCAACAGUUAAAACAUAGAGGAGAAUACUUUGUUACUGGUCAUGAAAAAUUAACACUUAAUACAGAGAUUCUCCACACUAUUAACACAAGAGUAUUAUCAUCACUACACAAUGAUCAUAUUUUAAAUCAUCACUAUUUAUCUGAAAUUCUAAAAAAAGUCUCUAAGUUAAAAUUACUCAAAUCAUCAAACUUUGAUCUCAAUCAUUCUAUUAAAUUAUCCCCUUUUCAUAAUCUAGUUUAUUUAGAACUUUAUGAUAUAGAUAUAGAAUGUUUGAUAGGUUUGAAUUACGAAAAAAUUGAAGUUCUUAUUAUACAUGGUUCAUUAAAAUCCUUAGCCCUGUUGUUAAAUAGAAAAUGGACUAACCUAAAAUAUUUAGCACUUAGGGGCAGCCAUCUUGAAGCUUUAGAUAGGUCAAUAUUACUAGCACCAUAUCUUACAUACUUAGAAGCGCCUAGAAACUUACUAACUGAAGUUGAAAAUAUUGAAAAACUAGAAUGUUUAGACAUUUUAAAUUUAAGCAUUAACAGACUGACUCAAGUACCAAUAUUAAGUGAUUAUGGAGCUAGAAAUUUAACUGUGUUAAUAUUGAGUUAUAAUUGCAUAAACAAUUUAACAGGUUUAUCUAAAUUGACAAAUUUAAAAGUAUUAGAUUUGUCAAAUAACAUGAUUGUGCAUCAUGAAUCAAUAUCAGCAGUGGGUGAUAUGGCUUUUUUAAAAUAUUUAAAUUUAAAUUAUAAUCCUGUAACUUAUAUAAGGAACCAUAGAGAAAUAACAUGUGGAUAUCUUCAUGAAAAUGCAGCUGUUGAACUUUUUGAACUUGACAAUCGGCUACUUUCAAAAUCAGAAAAACAAUUUGUUGGACAGUCUUCCAGAUCAUUAGAUUUGUCAUUUUUACAUUAUCAACAGCCUCCUACGAGUGUUAAAGCCAAAAAAAUAAGGUCUCCCGUUAUUGAAGACCAUGAAUGGGAAAAAAGUUGCAUUAUUCAAACUCCUGUGCUACCAACAACAUUAAACAAAGAAAUUCUGAAGUCAGAACAUUUGUCUACCAAAAAAAAAAUUGAAAACGUACGGGAAAUGUUUGGAGAAGAUAACUGGUUACAUAGUCAUGCUGGAAGUUAUGUUCAAGAUAUUUUGGGUAUCAAACAGCAGUCAGAUAAUGAAUCAUUUUCCAAAGAAGUCCCUGUAGAACAAAUGAUUGAAAACAGUAAUUCAAAAUCUAAUGAUCUUACUGAUCAAAAGGAGGGUAUAAUAUUAUGUAAUGAAUCUCAAUUGGAAAUGGAUAUAGAGCCUAAAAUAGUUGAUCAAAAAGUAACUGUUGACUCAAAGCCAGAAUGUUACACCUUAAACAAAAAUGAUGAACCUUUAAAAUUAUCAGAAAACUAUUGGCGAGUUCAAACUAUUGAUAUAAAAACAAGCGAAUAUUCCAAUAUUUUAUUAUGUUUAACUGAAAGAGAAUUAAAAGAAAGAAAUUCUGUUGAUGGUAAUUUGAUUGCUACCUGGAGCCGAGAUUCCAUUGAAAGUUGUGUCAAAAUUGGCUUUGAUCCGAUUAAAUUACAAUUAAACUUUAUGACUAUACGAAAAAACCUAAAUCAAAGAAUAUAUACAAUGAGUGAUGAUGAUGCAAAAGAAUUUUUAAACAUUAUUAGUAUGCAGUUAGAAUCAAGAACAUUAAGUGAAAUGAACCAAUUAGUAUUUAAAUGUAUAAAAUGCGCAACAAUAUUUUGUCAAGAAAGUAAUAGAAAUGUUCUUAAAGAAAAAAGAAAAAACUGUUGUCCUAGUUGUGACAGCUAUAUUAUUGUACAAAUACAAGAAGAAUUUCUUCCAUCUUCUUCUAAUAAUCUAAUGCAACCCUCAGAAAUAGAAGAACAACAUUUUGUUGAAGAAGAAAACUCCAAUAAUUCAACACCUAUUAAUUCAAGAUCUAGCUCAGAAGAACCGGAACAACGAAUAUUUUCUAAUAAUGAUAGUGAUAUAGAAGUCAUAAGUAAUCCUAGUGAGAAAUCUGUGGAAAUUCUAGAAGUAAUAUCAAGUACAGAAAACAAACCAGAAAAAUCUCAGUUGACUGUUGAUGUUCGAACUGCAUUAACUGAAAGUAGCUCUUCAGGAUCAAUGACAGACAGUGUGUGUACCGCUUAUGAAAGUCGAAAGCAGCACAACAACAGUUCAUCAACAAUAAAAGGAAGUAACAUCGAUUCUAGGAUUCCAUCGGUAGUGGAUAUGCCUAUUAAGUUCUCUUAUGAUGAUUUUGUAUCAAUUGACCCAAGAUUAAAAUCAUAUGUUCAACAUAAAUUUUUCGGGGAUAAAGAAGAAUUUGUACUUGUUUUUCGAUGUAAUUGUAUAAUGACGAGCCCCAAUCACAGACUUGAUGGGUGUGUGAUCAUAUCCAACAAAUCAUUAUAUGUAUUUAAAUUCAUUGGCCAAUCAGAUGAACUCUUACAAAAAGUGUCUAGACAUCGGUUGAGUCUUGUCAAAUCCAUAGCUACUCUUCCGUGGAAUGUUGGUUUAGCCAUAUGUGUCAGUCAACCAGAACGAGACAUCAAAUAUACAUUUGUUCUCUAUGUGCCACAUAUUACCAUACGAUUAAUUGCAUUUUUAGAAAGAAUAAAACCAUUUGAACGACGAGAUGUAUUAGUUUCAUCUCCAAAUACGAAUACUUAUCUAUAUGUCAACAAUAUUCUUUACAAAAAUGAAUUGCACUUACCAAUUAUUCACGUGGUAUUCUGUGAGUGUGCGACAAUUAUCACAGAUAAUGGACUUGUAGAAAUUAUUGACUUACCUGGUAUAGUGAUUACCGAAUAUGAACUGGUAGUAUUAGGUGGUGAAUGUGCGUGGCUGAUACCUUACGAUGAACAUUUCCCAACAUUAGCUCAUGUUCAACAAAUGAGUACAUUCAAUCGCAUUGAUAAAAAGGAAGAGACACUUGGCUUACACUUUAAUGACAAUGUAUCAUGGUUAUUAAUAGUAAAUCAUAUUGAAGCUGAGCACAUGAUGGAUGAAACAAUAAGGAUAUUAAACAACGCUAAACAAAAAUUGUGUUCUGCCAUGCAAAUGGCCAAUUUAAAUUGCUCAACUUAGUGAAUCAAAUCAUCCAAUAAAACUGUUACAGCUCAACAUAUCUCAGAAGUCAGAAACGUGUGCAAUUCAAAUUUAUUAUUUUUAAAUGAGAAUAUUUUUUUUAUUAAUAAACUCUUAUUGACUUCAACAUUAUUCUUUUUCAUGUGUUCAUGUGGUUAAUUGUUGUGAAUGCAUACCAAUAGAGAGUAAUGUAUAACCAUUUUAUUCAUUGUUAUUUAUUAUUAUUCCUGAAUAAUAUUUUGUUUACAAAAAAUAUAAAUUAUUUGUGAAAAAAAGUAAUUGUAUCUAUUAUUAAACAAUAAAAAAAUAACUGUAA